UGAAUGAAGAUUGAGUUAUCCUGUUUUCAGAUCGAAAAUGUCUGGAGUCACAGGAACCAGCAGUGGCGUGCCGAGAUUCCUCCAAGCUACAAAGGCCAGCUCGGCUCGCGAAAAUUCGCGACAUGCUUAUUCUCAAUCUGGUGUUGCUACAAGCCACGUCCGGGUACCUAGUCGAGAGCGCGACAAUUCUGCGACGCGUAGAAUCUCACCGAAGACAAAUAAUCCAUCAUCAACAACAGCGUCCACGACAGGUUCUGGGAAUAAAGAAGUCCAUCUGAAGCGAUCCAACUCGAUGCCAACGAAACGACCGAUGCCUUGCAGAGAUCCGAACGGGGCUUUGAAGUUUUCGAGCGCCUCAAAUCAUAGAAAUGAAGGAGACCAAGAGAACAAAAUACACCACAAGCCAGUCAUUAAAGGCUGUUUGAGCAGUAGAGUCAAUUCUGGUUGCACGACGAAACCAAUGCAUGCACCACGUGAAAACGUACCAGCAUCUUCAAAUGCCAAUCAUGAGUCUAAAUUGAGACCUAAAACGGCCAACGCAGGGUGUGGAAAUCACAUGGAAACAAAAGCAGCUUCAAAUGUUCAUGUUAUGAAACCCACUUUGAAGCGUGCGGAAUCGGCUAGAGCUCCAACUUCCAAGAAGCCAUAUCUAGUAUCACAUUCGAGUAAUUUUGCAUCGAGUGCAGUUAAUCAGAAGAAUCAAAUUGAUAAUAAAACAAGCUCAGCUAAAUGCCCAGAGCCGAAAGUUGUUCGUACGAAUAGUGGUAAUACACAUGCAAGCCAUAAAGAAAGGUUAAGAUCGACGUCAAAUUCGACUGCUGUAGAGAUCGUGAAAGAACGGAAGGACGAGGAAAAGAUGGACACCGAUGAAGUUUCAGUUCCUGUGCUCACAGAGCGAAAUGUCCACAAAGCCGAAAAUAACUCAGACGAAACUAUUAAGAACGAGGCUGUUGCAAGUUGUGCGGUUGCUGAUGGAGGACAUGGAGGGCAGGAGAAUCAGCAGCGAAAUCUGAGCAACCCUUGCUCUUCCUCGGCGACGACUGAUGGAGAGAAAAAGGUUUGGUCGCUGAGUGACUUCGAGUUCGGCACUGCGCUCGGCAGAGGAAGAUUCGGCUGUGUGUACGUUGCGAGAGAGAAGACAUCCAAGUUCAUUGUUGCAAUUAAGGUGCUGUUCAAGAAAGACCUGGAGACUUCGAGGAUCACUCGUCAAGUGAAGAGAGAGAUAGAGGUCCAGUCACAUCUCAAACACCCCCACAUCCUGCGUCUCUACUCGUACUUCCAGGACCAACUGCGCAUCUACAUAGUGCUGGAGUAUGCCAGCAAGGGGGAGUUGUACAAGUAUCUCAAACAGCAGGGAAAGUUCACUCAGGAACAGACUGCCAAGUACAUCUACCAACUGGCCAGUGCGCUGUUGUUCCUGGAAAAGUUGGGCGUGAUCCACCGAGACCUGAAGCCAGAGAACCUUCUGCUGGACAGCAAGUUCGACCUCAGACUGGCAGACUUCGGCUGGAGCGUGCACUCGCCAGACAUGCCCCGCAACACACUCUGCGGCACGCCCGACUACCUGUCGCCCGAGAUGCUCCUCGGCCACGAGUACAGUGCAGCUGUGGAUGUGUGGAGUAUGGGAGUGUUGUGUUUCGAGUUCCUGCAUGGCAAACCGCCAUUUGAGACGCCCACUAUUAAAGACACUUACGAGCGAAUCAAGAAGGUUGAUAUUCAGUGGCCAGAAACAUUUGAAGAGGAUGUGAGACGAUUUAUUAGUGGAAUGCUUAAGUUUGAGCCCAAGAAGAGAUCUGCUCUGGUUGAUAUCAUGACUGACCCCUGGAUCGAAGCUCACUACCAGCCUCCCAAGAAUCAUCCUAGUCAAAGUAACAGUUCCAAGAAAGUCGAAUCAAAUGAGAGCUGAAGGUGACACAAAUGAAGUCGAGUUUGGAGAUUAAUACAAUUAGUUCACGCACCGAUUCAAGUCAACUUCAAAUUGAUCAGCUGGCUGGAGAAAAAUGACGGAAUUGACCUUCCCAUAUCAAGAGAACUCAUUUUAACGUUUUAACGUACCAAUUUCGAUGUUCCAAAUAUUUUCCUCCAAAGGAGAGCUAGGAAUUUGGAGAUUUUACGAGUUCAUAAUAAAACAUUAAAUGCUCAAUUUGAGCUCAUUUUAAACUAAAUUGCUGUUGAUUCACGUUUAAAAGUGUGCUUAUUGUUUUUUUCGCGAAUAGAAUAAAUGAAUGAUUCAAGUUGUAAAUAGUUGGUGUACUAUUUGAGUUCGAAAAUAUUGAGUGCGGUUUGCUUAUAUUGGUCAAAAUUUGACUUUUGUUUUUGAUUAUUUGAAGAACAUUAAAUUUUCAACAGCUACUAAUUCAGUUGUUUUUAGCG